GGCGGCAACUCCUACAACCACCGCUCGCUCGCCGCCUACCCCUACAUGAGCCACUCGCAGCACAGCCCUUACCUCCAGUCCUACCACAACAGCAGCGCGGCCGCCCAGACGCGAGGGGACGACACAGAUCAACAAAAAACCACAGUGAUUGAAAACGGGGAAAUCAGGUUCAAUGGAAAAGGGAAAAAGAUUCGGAAGCCUCGGACCAUUUACUCCAGCCUGCAGCUCCAGGCUUUAAACCAUCGCUUUCAGCAGACUCAGUACCUGGCCCUUCCCGAGAGAGCUGAACUGGCAGCUUCCUUAGGACUGACACAAACACAGGUGAAGAUCUGGUUUCAGAACAAACGCUCUAAGUUUAAGAAACUGCUGAAGCAGGGCAGUAACCCGCACGAGAGCGACCCGCUCCCGGGCUCCGCGGCCCUGUCGCCGCGCUCGCCCGCGCUGCCGCCGGUGUGGGACGUUUCCGCGUCGGCCAAGGGCGUCACUAUGCCCCCCAACAGCUACAUGCCCGGCUAUUCGCAUUGGUACUCCUCGCCACACCAGGACACGAUGCAGAGACCACAGAUGAUGUGAGUUGUCCGAGGGCAAUCGACACCCUAGGGAAACGUCGGAACCAGGCCAGGAGGAUGCGGGACCUGCUUGCAGCUGCCAGGCCGAGCCGGAGGAGCAGGCUCGGGAGGACUCUUAGGUCUGGAGAGACCAUCGCGCGCGCGCUCUCUCCCCCUCUCCCUCUCUUUCCCUCCCUCCUCCCACCUUUCCCUUUUUUCCUUCCCUUCGUUCCCCAUCCGCCUUUUUCCUGGAGCUGCCUCAGUAAUGGAUUGUGCAUCUUAGGGAGAGAGAGAGGGAGGGAGGGAGGGAGAGGGAGAGGCUGGUUACUAUGCCAGCGCCCCUGAAACCCCUCACUGUAAGUAUAUUUUCCCUUACCCCUUGGGAUCCAGGCUCUGAGCCUCUUCUUCUCUUUGGGAGUAUCCAUCAAAACAACUUUUUUUACAGGCAUCCCCCCCACACACACACACACACCCCACCAGAAGAAUCUGCGCAAACGUGGCAGCGUUUUUUACUUGUUUAAUGAACUUAAGACGUUACAGGAUGAAACAGAAGCAUUUCAGACGCCUACGUUUUUAUUUACCCAUCCCAGGCUGACAAGAAGGAGAAGAAAAAGAAACAGAAAGGAAAGAAAAACCCCUCACACAACAGCCGUGCUCUAAAGGAAAAGGGAACAGCGGCUGUAAGGGUAGAACGUUGCCACAAAGGGAACGCUGCAUGUUUUAGCAAAACGCAAUGAGCGAGAAUGAUGGUUUCAAAACAAAACCAAACCACUCUUUCCCCGCCCCACCCCCAAACCCUGAACUGGAAUCAGGAAAGACAGAGGAAACCACCAAAAUCAUGGUUCCAUCGCUUUGAUUCCUUUACUAGGUGAAUUGGUGGCAUUCACUAAGCUAAUAGGGACGUUUAUAUCAAGAAACAUUUCUGUAUAUAUUGUUGAAUUUUAGUUGUACAUAUACUUUGUAUGUUUUUGUCUUCUUUCAUAUAUGGAGUAAAAGCCACAAAACGCUGGGA